CAGCGCCACACGUCACGUCAGAUUCAGAAAAAGGAUAAAUUUUGUGCCUUGAAGCAUAUUUCAAUAAAAAUUAACAUUAUUUCGACACUGUUAUAAACAAUACGGCCCCAAUAAUUGGGUCAAUAAACUGUGCAUUCCCUGUAGAACUAUUGUGUUGUGCGUGUGUAUUUUUUCCCGUUUUUAUUUGUGUUCGAAAACGGUUUUGGUGUUUCUCAAAUAAGCGGUUCUCAAUUGUAUGAAUUGGCAUAGGACUUUAUAAUUAGCCGUUUGCGUCGUCUCCUACAUUGUGCGUGCCACAAUUGCCGGACGUUUAAUUCUCGAGGCUGUUAUUUAUUAGACAAUCUUGUCAAGAAAUGUGCGGUGCGGUAAUCAUAGCGAAUUUUUCGCGUCCAAAAUAUAUUUGAUGAACAGCGAUAUCAGUGAUAACUCCGUGGAACCAUCUUCCCCCUCCACGACCCCGUCCUCGCCCGCACUAAGAGCUGACUGCGCGCAAUUCCACUCCUCUACUCCGUAUUUUACUGGACGGAAGGCGCCACAGCCCCCGCUGAACGUGGUACUACCAGUUACUGCGCCAGCCACACCACCUACUUACAGUGAGGCCACGUUGACGCCGCCGCCGAGGUCUCCCGGGGUGCCAGCGGCCGCCAGUCCAGCAUCAGCGUCAGGGGACGCCAGGUCCCAUCCACCUGACGGUACCUCUUCUGAUAAGUCGUCGGAGACAGCAGUGGGCGGUGUCACACGGCCGGCAAGUACGGCCCUCUCCCGCAAGGAGAGCUACAAAGCACAGAGACAGCACUACAGAAGAGAGAAGAAGAGAGCCGCGUCAGCUCUACUCCACUCCAUCGAGGAUCCCUCGGUCGUUGUACUAGCUGAUUGGUUGAAGGUUCGUGGGUCGUUAAAGUCAUGGACAAAGUUAUGGUGUGUGCUGAAACCCGGCUUAUUACUGCUGUAUAAGAGUCCUAAAGCUAAGAGCAGCCACUGGGUGGGCACAGUGCUCCUGACGUCGUGCCAGGUGAUCGAGCGGCCCAGCAAGAAGGACGGCUUCUGCUUCAAGCUGUACCACCCGCUCGAGCAGAGCAUCUGGGCGCCGCGGGGGCCACAUAACGAGACCAUCGGAGCGGUAGUACAGCCCCUUCCGACCGCGCACCUGAUCUUCCGCGCCCCGUCGCAGGCAGCCGGCCACUGCUGGCUCGACGGGCUGGAGCUCGCACUACGAUGCAGCAAUGCUAUGCUCAGAUGUUCUCGCUCCCGUCCCGAGCAGACGGUUGCGGCAGACUCCCCCGCCACUCAGACCAACCUAUCGCAUGAGGAUCUUGAAAAACACUUCAAUGAACACGAGUUAGCCGGCGCCGCUUCCGACUCGGAUAGUGACGGCUCCCGAAACGGCAUGCCGGAUCGACGGCCCGUCCAACUGAAGAAACAGGCGAUCAUCACUGAUAUUGAAAAGAAUUACGUGUUGGAUACGAACGUUGAUAUUGGUGUGGCAGGAGAACUAGUAGAAGAGGUAGCGGAAGAGAACAAGUCCCUCCUCUGGUUCCUCCUGAAGCAGGUGAGGCCGGGCAUGGACCUCAGCAAGGUGGUGCUGCCGACCUUCAUAUUGGAGCCGCGCUCCUUCCUCGACAAGCUGUCCGAUAACUACUACCAUGCUGAUAUUUUGGCGGAAGCUCAACAAGUCGAAGAUCCGUAUCAGCGGUUUGUAGCGGUCCUGCGCUGGUACCUAUCAGGUCUCUACAGGAAACCCAAGGGUUUGAAGAAGCCAUACAACCCCGUACUGGGGGAAACCUUCAGGUGUUGCUGGAGACAUAGCCCUGAGUCUUACACGUAUUAUAUAGCUGAACAGGUCUCCCACCACCCCCCCGUGUCUGCGUUCUACGUGGCCAAUAGGAAAGAGGGGUUCGUUAUAGAAGGCAGUCUACUAGCUAGGUCCAAAUUUUAUGGCAAUUCAACAUCAGCAAUACUAGAAGGUUGCGCGCGUAUCCACCUCCUCAACUGGGGGGAGACGUACGUCACCACGGCGCCGUACGCGCACUGUAAGGGGAUCGUUAUCGGCACGCUCAGCAUGGAACUAGGGGGGAAGGUACACGUGACGUGUGCGGAGACUGGUUACCAUGCAGAUGUCGAAUUUAAACUUAGAUCAUUCCUAGGCGGCGCGGACCAGACGAACGCGAUACAGGGCCGCAUCAAGCGCGGCAAGGAGACAGUCGCCGUGUUGGAGGGAUACUGGGACGGCAAGAUCGAUAUUAAGGAUAAGAGGAGUGGGGAGGAAUCGAACCUAUUCGACGUAUCGUUACUAAAGGAACAGAGAUUACCUCGCUUCCUGAUGAACAUGGACAAACAGACAGACUUCGAGUCCGCGAAGCUGUGGAUCAAGGUGUCGGAGGCCAUCAUGAAUGAGGAUCAGGUGGCGGCGACAGAACAGAAGACAAUAAUAGAGGAGGCGCAGCGAGCCCGCGCCCGGAACCUCGUCACUCCCUGGGUGCCGCGCCUCUUCCACAGGACCACGCAGGCCGCGCCGCCCGACGGUGUCAUAGAUCAGGGAUGGGUGUAUAACCAUUUAAAUACAACGCCGUGGCAACCGGACGAGAUAAUAGAAUAUGAAGAAGAGUUCGUUAUAAAGACUCUGCGGGACGGCGCGCCGGUGAAGCCGGGCGCCGACAUCAGGCGCGACCUGGCCAGGCGGAUGUCCGAUACCGACAGCCAUGAUGAAUUGACCAGGCCUAAGACCUCAGCCGAAAUGAAGUCUAAAAAGACGGACACGUCGCCGGACACGUCCCGACACGUUGUGUUGUCCGACACGCGAAUGGAACAGCGAAGCCGAACCUUCACGCGCACCCUGAAACAGAGUCUAUACGCUAUCGACACAGCUCUUAGAGAACAGACCCUAGCUAUUGAGCGUCUUUCGAAGAGUGUAGAAACUAUCAGCGAGGGCCAAAGGCAGGCAGCAGCAUUCAGACCUCAGAAUGUCGGGAGGGUCCCCACAUCAAGUCACUCUUGGGACCUCUUCGGAGGGUUCGUCCUAGCCAUGGUGUUACAGGCCUUACUCAACUGGGUUUUCUACCAAAAAGACUGAGAAACAGUGUUGCCACUAUAAAAAAAUUCCAAUGUGAUUUUUUGCAAUUUCAAGUUUGCCUUUUUGUUGUUCUGUUUAAUAUUACAUAUUAUUAUUAUAUAUUGUGUAAUUUAGUUGUUUUUUUUUUUCGUUUUUGUGUAGAUAUUUAAUGUAUGAUGGGUUUGUUUUUUUUUUAAGGCGCUUGGCUUAGGAUUUUCUGCAAUGUAUGGGAAUGGGGGUGAUGAUGUGAUACCUAAGUGAUGAUUGAAAUAUUAAUCAUUAUUAUCAUUACCCAGUAAGUGGCCACUGCUGAUCAAAGGCCUCUUCUCACACGGAGAAGGUUUGAGCAUUAAUCACCACGCUUGCUCAAUGCGGGUUGGUGAAUUCAAACUUAUAAUUUAAUAUAUCGGUAAAUAAAGUUGUUGAGAAUAUAUUUAUAAAAAUAUUCUGGUACAUGACAAUAGGCUCACCCCUAUUACAUGGGACUUACAACACAAAUGGUGAAAUAUGAGUGUACAUUGUACAGUGGCAUUACGUGCCGUAAUAUGCACCUCUGCCUAUCCCUUCGGGGAUAAAAGGCGUGACGUUGCGUAUUUUUUAUAAAUUUUGAUCAUUUUUGGUGAUUACAUCAUCAGCCCUAUUCUCUGAGAAUCAAAGGUAGCGAGUUCAAUUCCCGUUCCUACACUUAAGUAGGUAAUGUUUAUAUGAGAGAUGUUUGACAGUAUUUUUAUCCGAAAAUAUGUAAAAUGAUGGAAAAUGUAUUAUUUUAUAUUACACCGGUUUUAUUUUAAACUGUAUUGCCAGCGUCAAAAAAACGAACAAUAAAUAGUAGAAAUCCGGAUGUUGCAAGAGUAAAAUAUAGUAGGAAUUAUUAUUUUUAAUAAUUAUUACUUAUUAUUAUAUUAUAUUAUUAUGUAUUGAGUUUGAUAGUAAUAAAUUAAAUUUUAUCGCUGA